AUGUGUAGUGGGGUAGAAGUUGCUUCAGGCCACUUAUAUGAACGCUUUUUAAGAAUUAUGAUGCUUUCUGUCCUACAUCAUACAAAAACACCAGUUAAAUUUUGGUUUCUGAAAAACUAUCUCUCCCCAACGUUUAAGGAUGUUAUUCCUCACAUGGCUAAAAAGUAUGGUUUCAAGUAUGAGUUAGUACAGUAUAAGUGGCCCCGCUGGCUUUAUCAACAGACAGAAAAACAAAGAAUUAUCUGGGGCUACAAAAUUCUUUUUUUGGAUGUUCUUUUCCCUUUGGCUGUGGAUAAAAUCAUAUUUGUCGAUGCUGACCAGAUUGUGAGAAGUGACCUAAAAGAACUCAGAGAUCUGGAUCUAAAUGGAGCUCCCUAUGGAUACACACCUUUCUGUGACAGCCGUAAAGAAAUGGAUGGGUACCGCUUCUGGAAAUCAGGAUACUGGGCAUCACAUCUUGGGAAAAGGAAAUACCAUAUUAGUGCCUUAUAUGUUGUGGAUUUGAAGAAGUUCAGAAAGAUUGCAGCUGGAGAUAGGCUUCGGGGCCAGUACCAGGCUCUUAGUCAAGAUCCAAACAGUCUGUCAAAUCUAGAUCAGGAUCUUCCCAAUAAUAUGAUUCAUCAAGUAGCUAUUAAGUCUCUCCCUCAAGAAUGGCUUUGGUGUGAAACCUGGUGUGAUGAUGAAUCCAAGAAAAAGGCUAAAACAAUAGACUUGUGCAACAAUCCCCAAACUAAAGAACCAAAAUUAAAGGCUGCUGCCCGGAUAGUUCCCGAAUGGGUUGACUAUGACUCCGAGAUACGAAAACUAAUACAUCAAAUUGAAAAAGAGAAGAAAAAUCUAACAUCAUUCUCUCAAAAAGGUGUUAAGCAUGAUGAACUUUAGCACAGCCUGUAAACAGCAGUGGUGAUAGCCCAAUAGUCUUCUGCAAAAGACUGAGUGGAAGUUACGACUGUUACAUUGGCACUAUUUGUAAAAUUCUUUAAUGUGAAAUCAAAUAUUUUAUAACUUAUAGUGUUAUUUAAAAAGUUUUAAAUAAAAUACAUAAACAGAAGAGAGAAAUCCACAGGUACUUGAUUUUUUUU